AGACCAGAGUGUCAUAUUUGUUCACUGUUGUUUGACUUUUCUGUCUUUGUUUCGCUAUCUGGUUUCACCAAACAAACACAAACCUUCACAGACCUACUUUUCCGGUCGAGGAAAAUGGGGUCUGUAGCAAAGAAUGGACUCAACAAUUAUGUGAAACAGCUUCAGGAACAUCCUUUGAGAACCAAGGUAAUUACUGCAGGGGUGUUAUCGGGGAUCAGUGACAUAGUGUCUCAGAAGCUUACUGGGAUUCAGAAACUUCAAUUCAAACGGCUUUUUCUCAAAGUGUUUCUUGGAGCCGCUUAUCUUGGACCCUUUGGACACUACUUUCAUAUAGUAUUGGAAAAGAUUUUCAAAGGAAAGAAAGAUUCAAAAACUGUGGCAAAGAAGGUUCUGAUUGAACAAUUGACAUCUUCUCCUUUGAACAAUUUGCUUUUCAUGAUUUACUACGGGUUAGUUAUUGAAGGCCAACCUUGGGUGCAAGUGAAAGCUAGAGUGAAGAAGGGUUAUCCAUCAGUGCAAUACGCCGCAUGGACGUUCUGGCCCGUAGUUGGGUGGAUAAAUUACAAAUUCAUGCCUCUUCAUUUCCGCGUUGUUUUCCACAGCUUAAUAGCAUUUUGCUGGGGAAUAUUCUUGAACCUUCGAGCACGAUCGAUGACAUUGACCAAACCCUGAAGGAAAGGAGACUCCAAUUUAUAGUCUUGAAAUUAAGUAGAUGCCCCUGCUUAAUAGUACUCCUUUAGAAGUUUGUUUUGUCCUUGUUUUAUAUUUGUGUAAUUUUCUUCGAAUAUUCGAGAUAAAACAGUGAUUAAGGAAGACAAGUUUCAAUGUUGUUUAUGACAAGUUUGUACAUGAUACUAUGAGAUAAUGAAUAUUUGGAAAAUUACUGCAA